AUGGGCGACUUGUUUCUUCAGAUCCUCGUUCUGGCGAUUCGGAUCGGUUUCAACCAGAAAGACAACGAAGUACUGGCCUCCCAGUACAGAAGGAUCGCCGUGAACGGCGUGGACACCACCGCUCAGCUGGCCGAGCGUCUUCUGGACUACUACUUCCCGAAGUGCGAAGGCGACGAUGGAGAUAACGCUCUCAUCUCGGUUAAGGAAGAUCCACCCUGCACACCGUUCAGACGCCUCUCCAACAAAGUUGCCCGCCGCGUCUACCGCACCGUGUCCAAGCAGGUGAAAACCCUCCGCAAGGAAGAUGUCAAGGAAUACGUCGUCACGUUGAUUGCCGUCCUCCGCCUGACCCAGUACCUCAACUUCCUGAACGACAAACGGCAACACCAGGCCGGGGAAGAUUAG